AUUAUAUUUUUAUUAGUAUAUAAAAAAAGAAAGGAAAUUGUGGUCCUCUAGCAUCUAACUCCAUCACUCCACCUUUCCUCUCAAAAUUCCCAUCACAUUCACCCCACCACCCCAAUAAUAACAUUUUGAUCACUACUAUUUAUUUUCCAUGAACAUGAUGAAUGAGGGCAAGCCCAUGAAGGGGAAGAUGAUGAAGAGAGACGGCGCCCCCUCCUCGGACGAUGAUGAGGUGGCGCCUGAGGACGACAAGAGGAAGAGGGUCGCCGGCGCCAAGAAGGGCGGAGACGUGGCAUCCAUGAAGAGCUGCCAGGCUGAGAAGUGCUCCGCUGAUCUCGCCGCCGCCAAGGCUUACCACCGCCGCCAUAAGGUCUGCGAGCACCACGCCAAGGCGCAGGUCGCCGUCGUCGCCGGAAUCCGCCAGCGCUUCUGCCAGCAAUGCAGCAGGUUCCAUGAGCUCUCGGAAUUCGACGAUGCAAAGAGGAGCUGUCGGAGGCGGUUGGCCGGCCACAACGAGAGGCGGAGGAAGAAUCCGGGAGACGGAGAAGGGUCGACGAGCGGCCAGAUCAAGGGCGGCAGCGGGAAGGAGAUGAUUUGUGGGCAAGUGAAUGAUAGAGGGAGGAUUCAAAUGACUGUCCAAGAAAAUUCAACCUACAAACAUUUCCAUGUCCGAUAAUUAAUCUCAUUGAGCUCCCUCUCUUCUGUCAUUAAUCCUCAUCAUAUGUUAUUAUGUUAUUAAAGACUUAAUUAAUUAGUAUGCCUUUUAUUUAUUUUAUGUGGUCUUGAGUUAUGUAUAAUUAGAGAUCUAUGAUGGGCUAUCUCUAAUUCUCUAUUGUUUGUUAGAACUUGUAUAUGAUUAUGAUAUGGUGUAUUACUCCGAUUUUUGGGUAUAUAAAUAAUCUAAUUAAUUAACAAUAUGUAGUACUAUAUCUUGAUG